AUGGAUGAGUCGGCCUCCCACGCCAAACAGCCGGCCUGUCUCAACUGUCGCCGCAGCAAAAUCCGCUGCAAUCGGCCCGCCAACCAUGCCCGCUGCGAGAAAUGUCGCCAGGCUGAUGUUGAGUGUGUUGUGCCGAAUCAUCAUUUAGGUCGCCAGAAGGGUGUUAAGAACAAACGAAAAGGCCUGGAAAAAGCAAUCCAUCAAAUCGAGCAGGCGAUAAAACGCCCAAAACUUGAUCCUUCCGCUGGCUCAACAGAUGAAGCCCAACGAGCUAUCUCCGGACUUCAGGAGCUUCUCUCACGCUUCCAGGGCCAGUUGAGUCGUUCACCAGACGGAGGACUCGGGGCCCAAGCUAGGGGAGAAUCCGAAGCAUUCUCAUCAGAUCUGGAACGAGAUCCUCACCAUCAACACAUGGUCUCUCCUUCACCCCGUGAUGCUCCAGAGGAAAAUCUUGCCCUUGAUGAUGCAGAGAAUCCGCUACAGCUGCUGGCGCGAGCUUCAGAUUUACAACUAUCGCCUCUCGGGGUAAGACAUUUGCCUAAAUCGUCGCCUAUGCCUUUGAUAUCAGCUCCCCCAUCUUCAUCUCUGCCGCAGGAAGGCCUUGUCGCGGACCCGGGUGAUAGGGGCCACGAUAGGGGCCGGGAUUUUGAUGCGGAGCUGGAUCGGCGAGAGCAGAGUGCUAAAUCGUUUUUUAUCCCUGCGCGAGCGAAUCUGGAUGUUGGGGCUGAUUUGGAUCCGGUGGAGUUGGGUCUUGUUACGUUUGACGAGUCGGAGUCGUUGUUUUCCUUUUUCUACCAACAUCUCGCACACACAAGAUGGGGCUUAGACCCCCCUAGUCCACACGGCACAUUUCCCCUAUUCCUACCAUCAGCAAGCGCUCUAUCAAAAAGACUCUCCCGCCACGUCAAAUGGCUCGCCAACCGCGUGAUGAUCCACCGGUACCGCUCCGUCGAAAUCGUCCUGGCUUUCAUGGUAAACGUACCCUGGAUGGCACCCGGAGACCGCCUCGGCGACGACGACACGUGCGCGUAUAUCGCGAUGGCACUGACUGUUGCGCUGGAUCUGUCGCUUAAUAAGAUCGUCACGCCGUCGAGUAGUUUCGGGGCUGAUCUUACCUUUCGGCUCGCGAGGGCGGAUUGCAUUGAUGCCAAGCGUGCGCUGCUUAUGGAUGGGUUUGAUGAUGUUGAGCCGGGGUCGGAGUGGGGGAGACGACUUUUAAGGAGGAGGGAGAGGACUUGGAUUGCGCUUUUUGUUGUUGAGAGGGGUGUUUGUCUUGCUAGAGGGAGAAGCUAUACUGUUCCGCCGACGGCAUUGAUUGAGAACUGCGAUAUGUGGCAUCGGUCUGAUAUUGCGGAUCGACGCGAUGGCCCGAUGAAUUCUAUGGCUAUAUUGCGUCGGGAUUUGGAUGAGUUAUUACGGAAGGUCAAAUCAAGUUGCGAUAGUUAUCGCGUCGGGGAUACCGGUUCCGAAGCUGCUCACGCAAUAAAAACGACCAUUGAAAACUUCUACGACCAAUGGUUCACGACUUGGGCUCCCGCUCUCUGCCCCCCCUACGUCGAAAUUCUAGUCACACACACCCAACUCUCAACCUACGGCGGCGUAAUCAACCACCCAACAGCCCCAACAGCAGUAAAGCGAUUUUUCCGCGCAGCAGGCCUAUCCUCCGCACUAAACGUCCUCCGAGCCGCAAUACAGGGCGAAUCCCGACUCAAAUCCAUGCCAAAUAACACCGUCAUCAUGAUUUCCUUCGCGGCUUGUUCGGCGCUCAGUCUGAGCGUCACGCCGGGCGAUAGUCGAUCCAGCCUCGCGCCUAGUGUUCGAACACUGAUUGAAGAAACGGCUGGUGUCCUCGAACGCAUUGGCGCAACGCCGAAUCACAGAAACGGGGCCUCGGUUUUAUACGGGCGUUUUCUGAGAGAACUUAUUAGACGCGCACCUUCGCUUUCGCAGGCGCAGGCGCAAGCGGGUAUCGAGCACCGCGUGGAUAUGCACGCGGUAUUACCGUUGAAUAGAGGUCUUGAUGGCCAUGGCCAUGGCCAUGGCUCUGCGAAUGUUGAUGCUGAUGCUGAUGCUCAGGGCCGGAACCAGAGUCAAAGCCAUGGCCCACCAUCGUCUCUCCCCGCUAUCCCGGCACAGCCAACACCUUCAUUACCCCCGGCAGAUCUCUGGACAGAACCGCUUCAGUUCUCGGCCAUGUCGGAUGACCAGAUUAUUGACGCGGUUAACCGGGCGGGCGGGAGUGCGUUUGGCGCUUCGAUUCCUGACGUCCCCUUUGAUGAUAUGCUUAGUUGGGAUUGGCCGGAUUUUGCGAAUGCGGAAUUCUCGUUUUAG